AUGAAGCCCAAAUGGACCCACUUUUCUCUGUGGCUCCUCGUCUUCUCCAUGCUCCUCCACACACUUGCUGGGAACCUAUUUCCUGAACCACUCAGGAGUCAACUGUGUGAAAGUGGGCAUCUUGGAGAUUACUGCAACUACCCAGUGAAGAAGGGCACCUGUAACUUAGUCCUGACCAGAUUCUACUACAACAUGCUCACAUUCUUGUGUGAGCCCUUCAUCUUUUCUGGCUGUCAAGGCAACAGAAACAACUUCCAUCAAAAGUAUAUCUGUGAAAAAUAUUGUCUUCCUGAGAAGUAA